AUGGCUGGGGCCUUUCGUGUUCGCGAAGGACUCUCUGCGUUUGGUCAAAAGAUGUACAAAACCCGACCGCAAAGAAGAUCGCGAUGGCGACUGCGAUCGGUUUUGCAAUCAUGGGAUUCAUUGGAUUUUUCGUCAAGCUUAUCCAUAUCCCAAUUAACAACAUCAUUGUGGGAUCAUAAUGUGCUUCUACCUGUGACGACGUUCUUGCUGACUGUUUCCGAGAACAUUCUAAAUUUUUGUUUGCGUAUCAACCCUUCUGCCGUCGGUGUGCUUCGCAUUCUGCGAAGUUCUGUCGUUGAAAAUGUGGCUGGAGAGAUGACGGAAGACGCUUUUCCUAGGACCAAUUUCGCGCAAUGCCGCAGGAGAAAAUCAAAGCCAAUUUUCGGGAUCGUCUGCGAGAAAAGAUCCGUCCCAAAAGUCUCGCAAGACAAUAGGGAGCUCUUUCACUUUGCAGGCCAUAAUUUUCGAACUGCUCUUCGCCAGUCCGAGAACAAAGACAGGGACUCGUCCGAAGUGGACUGUUGUCCCGAUGUGCAUCAAACCCUAUCAAAAUUGCUUCUUGAAGAAAUCGGGUCAGACCCAGACGACCCCGAAGACAAAUGUUGCGGAAGUGGGGACCAUGUCGGGGCACGGAACAAAAUCCGGGUAGCCAGGACCGUCUCGGAUUGUAACCGGGCUUGUGGAAUCGUUCCCCAGUGGUCGGAAUCGGCGCCGUUGACUCACUUUCAGCACAUUGUCCGAGACGCUGUGAAAAUCUGCGACCGGCACUUGAAAUCCACUUCUUUGUGGCCGAAACCACUUCCCAGAGAUUUGGUUGAAACCAUUCUGCAGAGCGUUCGAGUGAACUCAGACGGCGACGUGUUUGACUCCGACAUAUUCCUUCCGGCGCAGGAUUUUGUCUUCCAAAUUCUGACCAAGGAUUAUUACACGCAAUUCUUGGAAAGUGACGCAUUUUACAACUACCGCAUUGACGUGCUGACGAACAAAAUAUUGUCGCUGAAAGACGUCAUGUACGAUGAUGCGGCUGCUUUCUUCUUCAUGGAGUACAUGGAGAAAGAGGGACAUUUGGACUUGGUCGAAUUUCUUCUGACCGCAGCCAGCAUAACUAGUCAGCUUCACAGUGAUUCCAUCUCCCCGGAAGCUGCCCAGAAUGAUGCUAUGGUGGUUUACGAUAGGUACAUAUCUCUGCAAGCAACUCAUGCUUUGGGAUUCAGUGACACGAUUCGAUUGGAAGUUGAAAUGAGUUUGUGUCGUGAGAACGGACUCGGUCCUGAUCCGAAAACAUUCGUGAGACCUGCUAGUGUUGUCAAUACUCUGCUUACCAAGCAUUUCUUCCCGGAAUUCUUGAAAUCUCAUCUCUACUACACGUACACGCAAGAACUGGUGACUACUUAUCAAUUGGAUCAUCUGAAUGCUCGGAAGAGAAUGCAAUCAUCGAGAAGUGAGCCGUCGAAGAUAUCGGACGAGACGAGAAGUGUUAGCAGUUCUCAAACAACAGGGAAAGCUCUGAAUGGGAUGACACGUUCGAGAGCAGAAUCUCAACCCAAAGGAGCGAGAAAAAUGUCUACGUCCACAUCAGCGCCUGUAGAUAUUAGCGUGUCUCGUAGGAAUUUCGGGAUGGGACAAGUGGAUUCUCUUGGGAGGUUUUACAGCUUCCGAGAUCUGGAAGGUCCACCCGGCAGCUGCGAUUAUGUCGUGUCCCGUGAUAGCACUGGUGCUUUCUCGAAAGUUCUGCACAGCUUUCUCGGAAAAAAUCAGAAAGAUGAGGAAGAAGCCGCGUGGCAAAUGGCGGAAAUGAUGGUCCGAGACGUGACGUCG